AUGAUGAAUGGGUAUGGAGAAUCACUCGAUUACUGCUAUAGUUCGUUAAAUGAUAUAAUAAACUGUCAAGAAUCUACAAUGGGAGACUUUAGAACCCAAAUGUCGGUUCUUUUGUUGUCAGGGCCUAUUGCUUUUGCUGUGUGUAUUGUGCUUAUAUUUCCUUUUUACUAUUCAAUUUUUAAAAUCGAAAAUGAGUUUUGGAGUAAUGUCAGAAAAAGUGUUUGUACCUCAUAUUUUGACUACAAACAAGCAAUUUUAGAUAGAUUAAGAGACGUCCACUUUGAGGAAAAUAUUACAUUUUCCAAUCAAAAACCUUCUAAAAAUCCAAGCACUUUUAAAAGUUAUUCAAGGUAUUUUGAAGGGUGCAGGUCAAAUGACUUUAUCUUUUUGAUAGUGCCAUUCCACCGAAGUACUUUUGGUCGAAAAUUUUUAAAUAGUGUAUCCAUUUAGCCGAAACUUGAUGGUUUUUUCGGUCAAAUGUCUCACUAUCAAAAAUGAUUCAAACAAAGUUUCCCAUAUGAGAUGUUGCACUAUCAAAUUUCCACAUUCAUUUGACAUGGAGCCAUUUUUGAAGAGCAAUUAUUUAUUUUGCGAUUGUUUCUUGUUUUUGUUUACUCUCCCUCCGUGAGACCAAAAAUUUUUUCACUCACAGAAGGGAUUUUUGUUUUAACUAAUAUAUAAAUUUAUAAUAAUUUUUUACAAUCUGAGGUGCAAAAUUUAUGUUUUUAAUUAGUUAGAGAUUAAUUAUUUAAUAAUUAUCACUUAUAUAUCAAAAUAUUAUUUUAUCAAAAUUUUUUAUUCGCUCACGAAGGGUAGGCUUUUACCCAAAAUUUUUUAAUGGCUCUGCUCGUUUUCAGAGUGGGAAGUUAA